AUGGCCACCGUUUUCCAAGCCAUCAAAGCGUGUGAUACUUGCAAACGACGAAAAAUUAAGUGCGAUUUGACACCACCAGCUUGCACGCAAUGCCGAAAGGCCAAGUGGACUUGUCCAGGCUUCCGGGAACAGUCAGGCACAAAUUCUCAGAGCGAUAAAUGGACCAUUGUCACACCAAAGGACGUACGGAGGGUCGCCACGAUGGCGCAGGUGCUCAACGUAACGCAGGGUCAUGGCAUACGCAUCCACGAUCCAUCUCCGCCGUUGGAGGACCGGGCCAUCGCCUUCUUUCUGCAUAAUUAUGUGUUUAGCGUCACCCCAGAAGUGUCAAGCCACGCAUAUCUGCCGCCUCUACUUCAAAGGCGCAGUCGGAGCUUGCUUCGAACAGCGGCGUCUGCUGCAGGGCUUGCUGCUCUGGCUAAUUCAGGAAACGUGCCGUCUUGGAAACUUCAGUCAUAUAAGUUGUAUGGCGAGGCUAUUCGACAGCUACACGCUGACAUUCAGCACCCCCAGAAAGUGAACACAGACGAUACCCUGGGUGCUAUGUUGCUCAUGGGUACAUUUGAGGUCAGAGCUUCCCUUGUGUGGUCACUCUCUGCUAGCAAUUACGCUGACGUGUUUCAGGUAAUCGUCUCUGGCAGCUUAAACUCAGUGUCAUCACUCAGUCAGCAUAUUACUGCUGCGGCUCAGUGGAUCCAUAUGCGAGGACCAACACAGUCCAGCAGUGACUCUGUUAUUUCUUGCAAUCACUUACAAGAACCAUUACCGGCUGCGUUCGAGACCUGGUCAAGCUGGGCCCAAGGCAAUCGACCCAACUACAAUACUGCGUUGAACGGCAUUGGUGAUAUUGAGAAAAAGUUGAUUGCGGCUCGUGUGGAGAUAAAACGCAAGAAUAUAUCUUCUCCAGUCGUGAUUAAGACGAUGCUGCGCCCUAUAGAUAACAUGUUUGAGGAUUGGAAACAGUCAAUUCUACCCUCUUGGGCUAUCAAGUCCUACAAAUGCCUCACGUCAACCAUGAUCGAACCUGCUUACAUGUCUCAGUACGAUACGUACCCAGACCUCUACGUUGCAACCAUGUGGAACGCAUACCGCUCCAGUCGCAUUAUGAUUCAUAACCAUAUUGUAACUGCAACACUGCAACACGGAUCUACAGACGAUAUGGGAAAAAUAAGUGAUUCCAUCAACAUCCUUAGGGCUUUGACAGCUGCAAUUUGCCAGAGUGUACCUUACUUCUUAUCCUGCACCCGACACUGUGACGCAGUCAAGCUGCCGGAACACAUGAACACAGCGCAACUAUCCUCUUCGGGCGCUCUUUUACUGCUCUGGCCGCUGUUUUCAUGCGGGAUGCUGUGGACGACACCUAAAGAGCAGAGUCAUUGGAUCGCUUCUAUACUACGCCGCAUUGGGGGACAUAUGGGUCUUCAACUGGCCAUUUCGAUGGCAGCUGCGCUGGAAGGUAGUUAG